AAUUGUGGUCACUGGUAAGGUAGCGAUUUCCCUGUCGUGCCUCACCCUGCCUAUAGCAAUAUGGCCGACUCUGGCAACAACUCCAGAUCUCCAGAUCAAAUCUUCACCUCUGCAGAUCGCAUUCGACAACUCAACGAAAUCGACAAGGAUGUCGCCAAACUCAUUCACUCCGCCGGCCUCGCGAUCCAAGCCCUCACCAACGCCCGAACUCCCGACUCGCCGUUAGAAAACAACUCCCUAGCUGCUCACAAGAUGCGCUUCAAAGAAGCCACCUCGCAGUACUUUGCGCUCCUCUCAUCCAUUGACGUCCGGCUACGUCGCCAGGUUUACGCGCUGGAGGAAGCCGGGAUUCUUGCGCCGGAGGCGGCGGCCUCCGCGGCGAAUCCCCGAACAGGAGAACUAGCGGGAGCUGGUGCGGCAACUGCAGCCGCUUCAUCGAAUUCACUGGAUGUGAGUUGGCUCAACAGUCGGAAGGAUACGGUUGGGAAAGAUAAGGAGGCGGAGCUGUGGGCUGCGGCCAGGGAGUUUGUCGAGCACCUUGCUCGGCACGGACCUUCGUCAGCAACAACGGGAAAAAUUACGGAUGCGGAGGACGGACGGGAAAAGAUGGAGGUGGACUCAUGAUUGAAGAAUUAAAGAUGGCACACGCAUGUGUUCGAGGCGGACACUAUCGGCCAUUACGCUUCGGUGUUAAACGGUUGGAGAAGCUCGGUGGCCAUCGCGAGGACGAUGGCCUGUUGAAGGGCAGAAGUUUAUGAUACCCACGGUUAUUUAUACAAGCCUAUUGAAUAUAUAGGACAAAGCUUUGGGCCGUGCCUAGGCCCAAGCAUGAUCAUUGCAAC